AGACUUGGGGAAAAUGCCGGAACCAGCAAAAUCCGCUCCUGCUCCGAAGAAGGGCUCUAAGAAAGCUGUCACCAAGACACAGAAGAAGGGUGACAAGAAACGUAGAAAGACCAGGAAGGAAAGCUAUUCUAUCUAUGUGUACAAGGUGCUGAAGCAGGUGCACCCCGACACGGGCAUCUCUUCUAAGGCUAUGGGCAUCAUGAACUCCUUCGUCAACGAUAUUUUCGAGCGCAUUGCUGGUGAGGCCUCACGCUUGGCGCACUACAACAAGCGCUCCACCAUCACCUCUCGGGAGAUCCAGACAGCCGUGCGCCUCUUGCUGCCGGGUGAGCUGGCUAAGCAUGCAGUCUCUGAGGGUACUAAGGCCGUUACCAAGUACACCAGUUCUAAGUAGAGCGUUCCAGUCCGCUUAUUUUAACCCAAAGGCUCUUUUAAGAGCCACCUACGUUCUCAGUAAAGGAGCUGACUGAUU